AGACAUGCUACUAGCGCUUUUUGCGCUUGUACAUACAGCAUCUGCUGCGGUGUCUUCGUUCAACUAUGUGCCCAUGGGCAGCAAUCCGACACUCUAUACGCCCGGCUUUGAGCCGAUAAUGCAUCUCGAUCAGCACACGUUCGCCGAUACGGUCUAUGGCCAGGAUCGCGCUUUUCUCAUCGAAUUUUACGCCGACUGGUGUGGUCAUUGUCGUGCAUUUGCACCACAUUUCCGACAAUUUGCCAUUAUGGUGAAAGACUGGAAUCCGAUCGUUACGGUAGCUGUCAUCAACUGUGCUGAUGCAUUUAAUGCCCAAGUUUGUCGUGACAAUGGCAUUGCAUAUUAUCCUAUGCUUAGGUACUUCCCUCGCACGGCCCGAGCGGCAAGUCAAGCUAGGAGCAUGGAAACACCGCAUUCAUCGGAUGCAAUGAGGGACGCAUUGAUGAGAAUGAUUGCCAAUGAGUACUCGAUGGCUAGAUACCCAGAUUGGCCCAACUUGGCUCAUAUUUAUGUUGAUGGACGAACUACAUACGGACAGCUAUAUGAUGGUAUCCCUGAAUCAGCUGAUUAUUUGGCUAUUAUUUUUGAAGAAUACGACGGCGUGGGAGUGCAGUUCAUUCUGGAUUUGUCUUCACGACGACGUAUGGUCGGAGCCAGAAGGGCGCUAUCAACCUCGCCAUUGGUGCAGAUGCUUAGAAUCACUCAAUUCCCGACGGUCGCUCUGUUUAGGCGUGACCAUCAACAAGCACUUUAUUUGCAAAUGUUCACCAAUCGCACUUACAUUGAUCUCGACAACAUUAUUAUGAACGAUGCCCGACAAUCUCAUGCCUUCACAUUACCUCCAAUUACCCUUACCACCACCAUGCGUCCAACAACUACUACCGCGUUACCACUCGUCGAUUGCAAUAGAUUCCCGGACAGAUGCCGUGAAAUGUUCUAUGUCUCCGAAACGGAUAUGCUCAAAGCAAUGCGUAUAGCUUUAUACGAUGAGGUGGUACGAACUCCAGGUUAUAUUCAAGGAGAGAACUUCACUGGCCUUUCCAAUUUUAUCACAUUACUUUCCAAUCAUUUCCCUGUACUUUCAUUUUCGAACGACAUUCGACGAUCAAAACGAGCGACUUCCACGAUACUCAAAAACAGUGAACGUGCCCGACUUGUUUUCAUUCACAUGAGGGAAUAUCUCGAGACGAGACGUCACCGUAGAAUGAUAUCUGUGGACGACUAUAAGAGACAGUUUGAAAGCGUGGAGCGUGUAUACGCAAAUCCAUUCCCAGUGAAUUCUUCAUGGCAACACUGUAAAGGAACUACACCGAUGUUCAGAGGUUACACAUGUGGACUGUGGACAACCUUCCAUGCGCUUACAGUACAUACGUACAUAGAUACGAUAAAGGACACCAAUGUGAACCCCUUGAUGCCGCUCAAGGGUAUUCAGGGAUGGGUCAAAGGAUUCUUUGGCUGUAAUCAUUGUAAGAAGCACUUCAUGAACAUGACGACGAACAUAUUUCCAAUGACUGAGCGUAGAGUGAGACAUGCCCAUGAUAUGAUGACAUAUCUGUGGAGGGCACAUAACAUCGUGAACAAUCGUUUACAUGGUGAUCCUACUGAGGACCCACAAUUUACGAAGCUGCAGUUCCCACCACCAUUCUUGUGCCCUACUUGCCACUCAGGCGGACAAUUCAGUAGACGACAGGUGCGCAACUUCCUUCUGAGAUAUUAUGGCAGCAUCAAGCCACACAAUCGUCUGGCUGAUCGUCGUCUUGCUUUCUUCUAAGCAGAAAAAAGUUCUGGAGCAUAGGAGAAAGGUCCCACUAGUCUGAUACAUUAUGUAUCCAGCUAUGUACUGUAUAUAGUUCGUCCACUCACUUGAAAGUUGGCCUGUGGAGUGAUGGACCCUCCAUGUCACUGCCUAAGCAUUCACUUUUGGAUAUCUCCACAAAUUGCUGCCUAGCUUGCAUACUGCAUCUGAUUCUUUUCUAAUCAGAGCUCUGUUCUUAACAGUAUUUCUCAGCUCGUCCCCAAGCAAAUCCCACACUUCUACAGACAGCCAACGGCUCCUUCUCAGGUGCUCUAUAGAGCUCUAGAAUUAUAAUUCUAUCAAGUAUGUAUAGCAGCAUACCGUAUCCGGCAUUUCUGACACUUCCGUUCAGUGCUUUGAGAUACACAUAUAUGUACUCUUGACGGGUUCUUUGCUUACUGUACAUUUCUAUGACAUCACUUUUUGUGGUGGGUAUAUGUGUUUAUUGCAUGUUUAUACCAUUGCUUAUAUCAGACGCAAUCAUAUUAUUUUUCGUGGGUAUUUUGCAUAGUUUCAUCUUUUUUUU